AUGUUGCAGCUAGCAGCGGUUGCACUGGCAAACCAUGCUGCUCAACCAGUACCUCAACUUUACUGGAACUCCGUCCUGCCAAACACACAGAUGCCAAGAUCUAUCAGUGAACUUCUGCAUCCUGACUCCACAAAUGAAGAAAAGAGCAAACCUGAAAUUUUCCCAUUGGCCAAUAAAGAUUACCUUCAAAAAGGGUAUGGAAAGGGCAAACCUGUUCAAAAAGGGUAUGGAAAGGGCAAACCUGUUCAAAAAGGGUAUGGACAACGUUCUCCUCCAUCUGACAAUCAACUACUCCAUUAUAAAGAGUUAGCUAUUUUCUUCUUCGAGAAGGACAUGCGCCCUGGCACAACAAUGAAGUUCCAAUUCCCUAGAAGUUCAAACACGGCUACUUUCCUGCCACGCGAAAGUGCUCAAUCGAUCCCCUUCUCCUCUAACAAACUACCAGAAAUUUUCAACCAUUUUUCAUUGAAGCCAACAUCUGUGGAAGCCAAAACAAUUAAGGAAACAAUCGAAGAGUGUGAAGCUCCAGGCCUUAAGGGAGAGGAAAAAUAUUGCGCCACAUCUUUAGAAUCAAUGGUUGAUUUUAGCACUUCGAAGCUUGGAACAAGAAACGUUGAAGCAGUCUCGACGGAGGUAUUGGAAAGAGGAGCCACCAUGUCCAUGCACAACUAUACCACAAUGCCGGGACUGAAGAAGUUGGCAGGUGACAAAGUCGUUGUGUGUCAUAAGGAGAACUAUCCCUAUGCUGUGUAUUUCUGCCAUGCAAUAAAACAAACAGCAGCUUAUGUUCUCUCCCUGAAAGGCGAUGAUGGGGAGAAGGUUAAAGCAGUAACCAUCUGCCAUCUAGACACAUCAGAAUGGGACCCAGAGCAUUUGUCCUUCCAAAUCCUCAACGUUAAGCCCGGAACCGUUCCCAUCUGCCAUUUCAUUUCCACUGAUGCUAUUGCCUGGGUUCCAAAACACAAAUCUGCAUGA